AUGGGACCCAACCGAGAACAUUUUCGCGCCAUAAUUUAUUACAACUUUCAGAGACAAUUAUCUCAACAAGAAUGCCUUGCUGAGUUACUAUCUGUUUUCGGCAACGAAGCGCCACAUCAGUCGACAACUUUUCGUUGGUAUGGAGAAUUCAAACUCACCCAGGAAAACGUCCAUGCUGUGCGCAAACACAUCAUUGAAGAUAGACAUGUGACAUAUCGCGAGAUUGAGGCUUGUUUGCCAAAGGUCAUCACCGAGCUUCGAAAAAUCAACCCCGAAAGAAGAAUCAUCCUCCACCAACACAAUGCAAGCUCGCACACAGCCCAAAAAACAAGGCAGUAUUUAACGGAAGAAAACGUGGAAUUAUUGGACCAUCCUCCAUAUAGUCCCGAUCUAAGUCCUAGCGAUUUCUUUACCUUCCCGAAAAUUAAAAACAUACUGCGUGGUCAAAGAUUCCAGUUACCAGAAGAAGCAGUUGACGCAUUAAAAAAUGCCGUUUUGGAUCUGCCAACAAACGAUUGGAAUAAGUGCUUCGAAAAUUGGUUCAAGCGCAUGCAGAUGUGUAUUAAUCUUCGUGGAGAAUAUUUCCAAAAACAAUAA